AUGUGGCGAGCAAUAAAAGAAGUACUUCCAAGUAAAAAAGGAUCAGCUAUAUUUUCUGUUUUUGAAAAAGGAAGACUACACACUGAUAAACAAUCUGUUGCAAAGAUUAUGAAUGAUUAUUUUGUGUCUAUUGCCGGCAAAACACUAUCAAAGGCCUUUGGUCGCAAUGCCCCUGUUAUUCCUGUUAUCAACUCACUGUCCACCAAUUUCCAUCUCAAUAAUGUCUCUGUAGAGUUUGUUAAAGAUACUUUAAGAUCUUUAAAAAGGAACAAAGCUGUCGGCCUGGAUAAGCUGAGCGCCCGCUUAUUAAGGGAUGCCUCCGAUGUUAUCUCUCCAGUCUUAACGGAACUGGUUAACAAAUCGUUCACAGACGGGGUUUUCCCUACGAUAUGGAAAUCAGCAAAGGUCUCGGCAUUGUUUAAAGGCGGAGACAAAUCACAAAAGGACAAUUACCGACCAAUAUCAAUAUUACCAACUGUGAGUAAGAUUAUUGAAAAAGCGGCGCAUGUACAAUUGUGUUCUUAUUUGGAAGAGAAUAAGUUACUGUCGCAUUCCCAGUUUGGCUUCCGCCAUGGGCGAUCAACUUCUACAGCGUUGAGUAACUUCACAGACCAGAUUUUAGAGAAUAUGGAUGGUGGAAAGGUAACAGGCGCAGUGUUUCUAGACCUGCGAAAAGCUUUCGACACUGUCGACCACACGAUUCUUGUUCGUAAACUCAAAAAUGUAGGUGUGUCUGGUAAGAGUCUGGCAUGGUUCAAUUCUUAUCUCAGUGGCCGGAGUCAACAAACGAUGUGUGGUGAUGCGACAUCGUCUGCUGCAAAUAUCACCUUGGGAGUACCACAGGGAAGUAUUCUAGGACCGCUGUUGUUCCUGGUGUACAUAAAUUGA